ACUUAACUUCACUCCUUUCGAGCGACAAAAAUGUCGGAUUCCAGUUCAGACGAAAGUAGUCAGGAAAGUUGGACUCCGUAUUCGGAGCGAGACGAGUGGAACGACAUCGCUCCUGUGUCUCAGGAUGAUGGGCCACACCCUGUGGUACAGAUAGCUUACUCUGACAAGUUUCGUGAUGUGUAUGACUACUUCAGAGCUGUUGUUGACAGAAAUGAAAUCAGUGAGCGAGCCCUCAACCUCACUAAGGAUGCUGCAUCUCUCAAUCCAGCAAACUACACAGUCUGGCAUUUUAGACGUGUGCUGUUAAAAGGCCUAAAUAAAGAUCUGAAAGAGGAGUUACAGUACAUCACACGUGUGAUCAACUCACAUCCAAAAAACUAUCAAGUCUGGCACCACAGACGUGUUAUUGUGGAAUGGUUGCAGGAACCGUCACAAGAGCUUGACUUCACUGGUAAGAUCUUACAGGGAGACGCCAAAAACUACCAUGCUUGGCAACACCGUCAGUGGGUUAUUCGGGAGUUUGACCUCUGGGAUAACGAGCUGGAGUACGUAGAGAAACUGCUAAGGGAGGACUUGAGGAACAAUUCGGCAUGGAACCAACGUUAUUUUGUCAUCAACAAUACAUCGCAGUUCACUGAUGAAAUUAUUGACAGGGAGAUUAGAUUUACCCAGGACUACAUCCGAAAAGCACCAAACAAUGAAAGUGCAUGGAAUUAUUUAAAAGGCGUACUAAUGGACCGUCAGUUACAGAAAUACCCGUCCGUUUUGGAGUUCUGUAAACAGUUGUAUAAUGAUCGGUAUCGUUCUCCGUAUCUAAUUGCGUACAUGAUCGACACAUACGAAGAGAUGUUAGAACAAGGCUGUAAAGAUCAAACCGAAACUCUGAAGAAAGCCGAGGAGUUGUGUAAUUGUCUUGCGGAUGAAUACGAUCAAAUUCGAAGUGAAUAUUGGAACUAUGUGUCGAGAUCAUUGAGUAUGAAAUACGGUUCAGACAUUCAAAAUGUUCAGGAGGCAGGGGACUCAUAAUGUUGAUCGUUCUGUCACCCCUUGAAAGUGAAAAUGGUUCAAUCUAGAUGGAAUAGCAGGACAGUCCAUUAUGACUUCUAGGUGAUGAGUGGGAGCCAACUGCUCAAAAAUUUUACCAGUAAAAGAAUGGGACAUUCCAAUAUCCAAAAAUUUUACCUGUAACAUAAUGGAACAUUCCAGUGCUGACAAAUCUUACCUGCAACUAAAUGGAACAUUCCAAAAAGUAUAGCAUUCAAUUCUGUGGCCUUUUCUUUAUUGAUAAGAAGUAAAAAGAUGAAAUUUAAUACUCAUAAAUAGAAAGAAAAGAUGUCAAGAUGUAAGGCCCAUGAACAAAAGCAACAAACUUAAAAAAUAAAAAAAAGUUGUGUAGAUUGAAGGUGUAAGUAAGGUGCUAUUCCGAUGUAUGUUCAGAGAUAAGGAAAGGAAACAUAAUUUCGAAUUGCAGUCCGAGUGUGGGGUGACAGUCAAUUGCUCAUUUUUUUCUCAUAUUUAUAUUUUGUUUUUUUUAUAUUACAGGAUAUACGUAAAAUCAGACAUUUUUUUUCAUGAGUUUUAAUAUCAAUUUGUUUUAUGUUAGCUAUUGUUGAAAUUUCGUGGAAAGGCUUGUGGAUAAUUGUUAUAAUAUAACGUCUUUUUUUUCCGCAGUGGAUGAACAAAAUCACUAUACAAUGUCCUACAAGCCUACCAUAUACAAUUAAACUGUACACUGCCUUAUGAUUAUAAGAACCUUCUACUUCUAAACACAGUACCUUUCUUGGGAGCCUAUGAAUUUAAACUUGGACCUCUCUUGUGACAACAGGAAGUAGAUGUAUUAAUAGACUGUGCUUACAGCAGUAAUGCCGUGUUAAACUUAACACUGCUGGAGUCUAUCUGUUCACGAUUCUUACAGUAGUUACAAAUUACACAAUAUUUUAGUCCACAGUAGCUUGCAAUUACCAGUACAGUCCAUGAAUAUGCUCAAUCAAACCGAGCCUGCGACAUUUUCAAUUUUGACGUGUUGGGCUUUCUUUAGGGAUUCUGUUUUUCUCUAUUUUAAAGUAAUAAAGUCUUAUAGUACUAUAGUCUUACAUGCUAAUAUCUAAAAUUCUGAACUUAUACAGUAGUUUAAUUACACAGUACUUGUUUAACAGUAGAGGUCUUACAGUACUAGAGUUAUAACAGUACUGGAAGGCUAUAGUACUAACCUCUCACAGAUUCAAGUCUGGACUGUUUCAGUAGUUUACUUUACAGUACUGCACACUUACACCAAUAGUCUAAAGUAAUGAGUCAAAGGUUAGGAAAAUUUUUUCUAAGCUUAAACUUGUAUCUUGGGUAUUUGAUUGGUCAGAAAUAUACACAGAAUAUGCAUUGAUCAAUGAAAUUCCAGAGGUCUGAGACAGAUCUCGGACAAAAGUUUUAUAAACUCGAGGCCUGGGCUCCUACAGUACUUUCAGUAACAGUCUCUUGGUACUGGGCUUAUACUCAACUGUAGUGUAUAGUAUUGAAGUCUUACUGCUGUUUUCAACAGUGAGUUGUUAUUGAUAUAGCUAAAUGCUAGAUAUAAUAAUUGUACUUUACUCACUAGAAAAAUGUCUGAUUUUAUGGAAUAAUUUACCUUAUAACAGCAUUGUAACUCACAAUGUGCGUGGAUUCAUAAUCAUGUUUUCACCAGUUUAGUAUUGUACACUUUGAUAAUGAGAUUGCAUUUGUAAAACUUUAUUAUCCCCUCGUACUAUAAUGAUAUAUAAGAUUGUAUUUGUAAAACCUUUCUUAACCCUAGUGCUAUGAAGUUAUGUUUUAGAUAACGGCAAGAAAAAAAUCCUCUCAAAGUUAUAUGUGUAUUGUGCACUGUUGACAAUUUUUUGUUUUGAAGUUGAUUUUUCUACAAUGUCUAAUUAUAUGUGUAUAUGUAUGGCUAGAUUCUACUAUCACGAAGAAAAAUAUGAAAUUUUCUUUUUUUGUCUUUCAUUAUUUGCUCAAUUAUGUCAUAGGUUUUUUUUUGCAAUAUUUGGCUGGUAUAGGACAUUCUGGGCAAAAUAAAACAAACAUUUUUUUUUCUGUUCCAGAGGUAUAUAAUGUUGAAAAAUAUUUUGCUUUUAGUUUUAAGCACGAUGUUUUAAGCAUGAAAUGAUAAUUUUUGGAAAUUGGGUACAUGAAGGGUACAAAUAUUUAAAGCUUUGAAAAAUGAUUGUUCUCUCUUUAUUAAUUUUAAAAAAAUGAUUGUUCUCUCUUUAUUAAUUUUACUUAUUUUGUGUUGCCAUUAAUUGAAAUUUCAUUGCAAUUGGGUUAAUGCAUAGAAAUUAAAUUUUUUGAAUUUGAUUUGUAAAUUUUGCUUCAGGUUAGAUUCAGUAAGGAUUUUUU